UAAUUUUGUCCUCUUAUAGGGUCGGUUGCUUUAGGAUUAGGUUUCUUUCUCGUUUUGUUAAUUGUUGACUUAGUCUAAAUAGUUUAGGUUAUAGUUUUAUAAUGUUAUAUUAUUAGAAUAAGUUUAUUUAUAUCUUUUUAGUUAGUCGCUUAUGUCCUUAGAAGUUCUAUAUAUAGUGUCUUUUUCCCUUAGGUUUAGUCCAAACCCUUUCCUUCUAGACUUCCUCUUCAUUAGCUCAAUAUGUCGGAUGAGUUGUGGAAUGAGAUACAAAACCUAGAAUUAGGUCAAGAAGAUCCAGCCCUUUUUAUCCCUCAUGAGGCUUAUGUGAUGGUGGAAGCUACCAAUAGACUUAGUAUGAUAGCUAGACCUCUGAACCCAAGGGUCCAGAACCUCAAUUCUGUUGUGGUAGCAUUACCAAGAACAUGGGGUUUAACAAAUCAAGUUCAUGGCAGAAUACUUGAUGCUACUUAUGUUCAGUUUCUUUUUCAAAAUGAAAUUGAUCUAAUGAUGGUUCAACGCAAGGAGCCUUGGCUUUUUAACAAUUGGUUUGUUGCAGCUACUCGAUGGGAGGUGGCACCGGCUCAUAACUUCGUUACUACAAUUGAUCUGUGGGUGCAGAUUCGUGGAAUCCCUCUGCCAUAUGUUUCUGAGGAGACGGUUAUGGAGAUUGCUCAAGAUCUGGGGGAAGUUCUUAUGCUAGACUACCAUGAUACAACAUCUAUUCAGAUUGCUUACAUACGGGUGAGAGUGCGCUUUGGUAUUACGGACAGGCUAAGGUUCUUUCAGCGAAUUGUCUUUGACUCCGGGGAAACUGCAACAAUAAGAUUUCAGUAUGAACGUCUCCGGAGAAUCUGCAGUAGCUGCUUCAGAUUCACUCACAACAGAGCUUAUUGUCCAUACCGACCAAGACCUCUCAGCAUUGCAAGGGAAAGAGCUCUGUUUAGGGAUAGUGUGCAUCGUUCCUCCAUGAACUCUCAGUCUCAGAUGACUGAUAGUUCAUUUCCAAUUCCCCAGACUCCACCACCAAGAAUAUCCCACCCACCACUGAAUCAUGAUGAGUUUGUAGCUGCUUAUCCUCACUUGGACUCAGGUAGGAAUGACCACAUCAGAUGUGAGGGAGAAUCAAGCAAUUUCAGACAAGACUUGUCUUCAGCUUCAAACUCCAUAACUCCAAGAAGGGAACCACAAUACCUAACUGAUAGAAGACACUUUGAACCUGGUCAAUCCUCAAGAAGACAUGAUGUUCGGGAUUUAAGAAGAGGGUCAGAGAGGAUUGGGAAUCUCAAUCAACAGAACUAUGUGCAAAGAUCAGGAGGGAUACUGAAACCUCCGAAGAAACGCUAAACACUCUACCAACUUCUGUUUUUUUUGGAUUGAAGUCUGCAGGUUAACAAGGAAGCAGCUUCAAGAUACUCCUUUUGGAUUGAAGACUGCAGGUCAACAAGAAAAGCAGCUUCAAGAUAUAAUAGAUGAGUAUGGUUUUUGGUUAGGACAUACUCCUACUUAUCUUUAAAUUCAGCAUUGUCUUAGUUUAUGUUUCAGUUUGGAAUAGGCUUGUUGCCUUUUAUGUUUAAGUGGAAAGUCCACUGAUCAACUUUUUGUAAGAACUUAAAAUGUUAUCAAUGAAAAGAUAUCAGUUCAGAGAG